CUAUAUUAUGGGAUGCGCAGUCGGGGGAUGUGAAAGACGUAAACAGGAAAGUUGUGGGGGGAUAACAUCUUCUUGCUUGUGUAGAACACUUUCACAACUGCAGAAAAAGAGGUUAAACUACAUUCACUAAAACCUUGGCUGGAUUGACAUCUACACAUAAUGGCCAUGAAGUCCUGCAUUGCCUCUCGUCUCAAGGAUGAUGAAGAAAUAAAUCAGGAAGUUCCACCAAACUUUGUUUCCCAACCCCCAGUGUCUGUUGAAACCCGGUCCCCUGACUGCCUUCCCCCAAUCUCCUGGCAACCAGUGUCCAAUAGCCGCCGCACCCCACCACCACCACCCCCACCUCUCCCAACAUCCAAACAGAGCGAGGAACAUAAUUGGCAAGCCACUCAGACCACAGUGCGAGAAAGAAAUGCAGUCAUGUUCAAUAAUCCUCUCAUGGCUGACAUCUAUUUUUUAGUGGGAACUGAGCCAGGAGUUGAGAAAAUUCCUGCCCAUAAGUAUGUACUUGCUACAGGAAGUUCAGUGUUUUUCGCAAUGUUCUAUGGAGGCCUCGCUGAUAAGACUGAGGAAAUAAUUAUCCCUGACGUGGAGCCAGUAGCAUUUAGGAACCUGCUCAGGUAUCUGUAUUGUGAUGAAAUUAAACUUGAAGCUGACAUCGUUCUGUCAACUCUCUAUGCUGCAAAAAAGUACAUUGUUCCUCAUCUUGCCAAGGCUUGUGUCCGUUUCCUUGAGACCAGUCUCAGUGCUCGCAAUGCUUGUGUCCUUCUGAGCCAAGGUCGCCUGUUUGAAGAGGUGGAACUUAUGCAGAGAUGUUGGGAGGUGAUAGACGCACAGGCAGAGGAGGCCUUAAAAUCUGAUGGCUUCACAGACAUAGAUUAUAAGACCUUGGAAACAAUACUCAGUCGGGAAACCCUCAAUGCUCAAGAAAUCCAUAUCUUCUCUGCUGUGUCCCGCUGGGCUGAAGCUGAAUGUCGACGUCAAGAGCAUGAUGUAACUCCUGAGAACUGUCGCUCAGUGUUGGGGGAGUGUCUCAAUCUGAUCCGCAUGCCGCUCAUGACAAUUGAAGAGUUUGCAAAUGGACCAGCACAGUCCCGAAUACUCACACUGGAGGAAACCAAUGAUGUGUUUCUUCAUUUCACUGCUCGUGUGAAACCUAAACUACCCUUCAACAGAAAACACCGCAAAGGACUUGAGCAGUACAGGGUUCACAGGUUCCAGUCUUCCGCUUAUCGCAGCAAUCAGUGGAGGUACAGGGGGCGCUGCGACAGCAUCCAGUUUGCAGUUGAUCGCAGAGUCUUUGUAGCUGGAUUUGGACUGUAUGGCUCCAGCAAUGGGGCCUCUGAGUAUCAAGUCAAAAUAGAACUGAAAAAAAAUGGUCUAAUUCUUGGGCAAAAUUUAACCCGAUUUAAAUCUGAUGGAUCCAGUAACACAUUUCCUGUUAUAUUUGACAACCCAAUCCAGAUUGAGCCAGAUAUCUAUUACACGGCCAGUGCGGUGUUGGACGGUGCCGAGCUCAGCUACUUUGGUCAAGAGGGACUUGCUGAAAUGCAGUGUGGCAAGGUCACAUUUCAGUUCCAGUGUUCCUCCGACAGCACAAAUGGUACUGGGGUACAGGGGGGACAGAUACCAGAGCUGAUAUUCUACUGCUGACGUUGGAUUGUCAUUAGAAGGAUCACUGUCUAUCAUAACUGAAGACCAAAUAUCCAGACAGGCUUCAGUGCUGGCUCUAUGGAACUUGCUUAUCUGCAAGAACUAUUUGCAUCCUAAACUGCAUAAACAGUGUUGAAAUUCAUUUGGUGGGAGGAGAGCAUAGCAUUUGAAUCUUGGUACCUCCAAAAUCCUAAACUUUUACUGUUAGAGUAUAAAACCCUUGACUGUUAUGCUUUAUUUCAAACAUUGGUUGAAGUAAUCAUAGGACUGGUAUAAAUGAUUACUAGUUGGAAGUUUUCCUGUCAUAGAGCCAUGUGAGGAUCAGUCACCAAACCUCUCAUUGGCUUAAAUAUGCUCCUGUUAGAAACAUCUACAUGUUAGUUUGUUGCUCAGGUGCCCCUCAAGUGUUGCCCCAAUGUUGGUGGUGUAGUCAAACCUUCCCCUUGAUCAUGUUGAUGUCUCAUCUAUUAUUAGACUGUUGAAAUGGCUUGUGGCAGACUUGUUUGUGAUGGUUAGAGAGUUUAUUAGGAACCUGCUUCCUUGUCUCAUCACCCGACACAUUUAUUAGGUAGCCUAGUGCUGGACAUUAGACCACCCAAGACAAUAUGAGGGUAUUUAGUAUGAAUGCUACUGAAUGAUCAAGACACAUUUCAAACAGUGCCAUAAUUACUUAGAUGUUUUGAUUGUCACAAAUCAUGAAUAUUGCAUUCUAAAAAGAGGGCUCUCCACCAAUCAGUGGUCGCCCUUAGUAAGUAUGUCUAUGAGUUAUUCCCUAACAGUCACCAUGAAUGAAAUUCAAAUAUUGAGCUUCUUGGUACAUGAUAUACAUCAUCGUUUACUUGAACUGAUGCAUAACACUGAUGUGGUCAGUCUGCAACUUGGGCCACUGGUUGAAGUCAGAGUCCAGUAAAAUGUAUUUGGUAGGAUAAUACUGAAUAUGAUGCUAAGCCAUGUUCGGACAAAAGGACUCAAGUGUUUUGGUCCAACUCUAAGCUCCAAUGAAUUGAGUGACUGUAUGUGUACAUGCCGUAGUUAUUACUAGUAUUUCUUACCUCAGAUUUGUCAUGUUGGUAACCAUGUGAAAAGGACAUCAACCAUGUUUUUUUUCUUCCCACAUCACUGAUAACAACUGUUUUAUCAUGGUAGCCCUCAGAUUUCAAUCAACCUACCUAGUCCUUCAAAAGCCAAGAAUUAUUUUUUUAAAUGACAAUCAUUUUGAAGUUGUUUCACACGUCCAACGAAAAUAUCACAAGAAGUCAAGUUUAUCCCUGAAAGUGAAGACCCUGAUAAACUGUAAUAUUGAUUUGUUAGUAAACUGGAAAUAAAGAUUUUUUUAUUGAAAA